AUGCAAGGUCAGAAAUGCCAAGCUUGUUGCCUCAGGCUUUCAGAGGUCAGACACUUCCCACUUUCACAGGCCGAGGGACAACAACGAGAGCGCGGCUACGAUGAUACGAUGACCAUUCAUUAUUCCGUUCAAGACACGGAUCUUCGCCGUUCAUGCAACGAUGUGCGAUGGAUACGUCUGAAGCUGGACUGCCCAUGUGGACCAGACUUGCGGCAUGGAACUUCACAGGCAUCGUGGUCUGCGAAGCGAAUGCUGCAUCGCGGAGGCUGCCAAGCCAGAAUGGCUGCUAGAGUAUGGAUCAUGCACGCUCGACACGAUCGCCGUCAGAUAGAACUAAGGUCUCCCAGCUCCCUCGACCUUGGUGCCGCCGCCCGCCAUGUCCCUAGCUGCUCAACCACGCCCCCUCUGCCUUUCCUCGUCGAAUCUUCAAAGGCCGCUUUUCGAGGGCUGAGAGCCGAUAGGCCCGUCGUGGGCUUCCGAACGAAGCAUAGCUUGCAUAUUUUGGCCCUCGACUCGUAUGUACGUGUCAGGCAUGCUGUGCACCAAAUGUCGGGUGUUGGUGCGUUCAGGGAAGAGCAUCUUACGCCGUCCAAAUACUCUAACUCAAUGCUCGCCAUGGACCGCGACUUAAUGGCCUUCAGAGCUACUGCACUCCCGGUAGGCAGUGGUAAGCAUAACUGCUCCUCUCAUCACCACGCUUCUGCGUGGGCCUUGUUCACUUCUCUUCGUCUACUGUACAGUACCACCUACGACCUAUCACGCUGCAAGCAUCCGCUUCCGCGCGCGCUCCCGGUGUCACCACAGACGACAAGAUUCAAUUUCACAAGCAUUCUGAAUGGAAUCGCCUGUGCCACGAGAGCUCGUACACCUCGUAACGCGACCCAUCGCACGCCCACCACCGCCACCGCCUUCUUCACGCUGAGCCUCCUCUUGCACACCACCACUUCAUCCUCCGCGAACGACAACUUCCUAAUCCAGAAGAGAUCGACAUUACAUGCGUCUGAAUAG